AGCUAAGAGCAGCUGCAAUAGAAAUUUCCCGGAGGUUGCUUUUAAUAGCGAAGAAAACCCCUGUGUUCCCCAAAAUCCCAAAUCAAAAAUCAUCCCCCACCCCCGAUUAACCCUAAUCCCCUCUUUCCUCCCCCGCAUUAACCCUCCAAUCUCCAAUCUCCAUCUUCUUCAUCUUCUCCAUGAAGGUGUAGCUCGAUUCCGAUCGAGGCACCGCCCCCCCGAUCAAUCCGUCGCGCGGAAUUCGGCCUUUCGGCCUCCUUCGACUCGCGGCUCCUCGGCCUGCCCCCGCCGUCGUGAUCGAUGAAAACCCUAAGGACGGGGCGAGAGUCGCAGCAUAGCAUGCAUGUUUUGGGAUUCACGCUGGAUCUGUAUUGGCUCCUCCAGUUGGUGUUCACCUUGUUCCUCAUCUCCUUCGGCCUGAUCCAGCUCCUCAAGAGCACCGCCUCCAAGUACUUCGAGGUCGAGGCCAGCUUCGAGGGCGGCGGAGGAGGAGGAGGAGGACCCCCCAGCUUCCACAGCACCGACCGCCACCGCCUCCGCGGGAAGACCAUGCCCGGCGCCCCCGCCGACGCCGCCGCCGCACCUCCUGUCUGCGCCGUCUGCGGCGAGAACGGCCCCAAGAAGUGCUCCCGCUGCAAGGCCGUCCGGUACUGCUCCCAAACAUGCCAAGCAGCUCAUUGGAAAAGUGAGCAUAAAUUAAAGUGCAAAGUUUUCCAGUCAUCAUCUAAGGUAGUUUCUGCAGAAGCUUCCCUGGUCACCCAAAAUGGAACUCCCAAGCCAAUUAAACUGAUAAAAAAGAUCCUCUUCCCAUAUGAGAAAUUUGUGGAUCUUUACAACUCCGAAAAACCAGGAUUUCCUCCAUGUGGACUGAUAAAUUGUGGAAACAGUUGCUAUGCUAAUGUGGUUCUACAAUGUCUUGCAUCCACACGGCCCCUUGUUGCCUAUCUUUUGAAUAAGGGCCACAAGAAAGAAUGCCGACGUAAUGAUUGGUGCUUCCUAUGCGAAUUGCAGACCCAUAUUGAAAGAGCCACCCAGAGUCCUCAUGCUUUUUCACCAACCAACAUCUUGUCACGUUUGCCGAAUAUUGGUGGUAAUCUUGGUUAUGGAAGGCAGGAGGAUGCUCAUGAAUUUAUGAGGUAUGCCAUUGAUACAAUGCAGUUAGUCUGCCUAGAUGAAUUUGGCGGUGAAAGGGCUGUCCACCCAAGUGCUCAAGAGACAACCAUUAUUCAGCAUAUAUUUGGCGGUCACUUGCAGUCUCAGGUUAUCUGCGCAAACUGCAAUAAAGUCUCAAACCAGUAUGAGAAUAUGAUGGAUUUAACUGUUGAAAUUCAUGGUGAUGCUGGGUCUUUGGAAGAAUGCCUAGAGCAAUUUACUGCCAAAGAAUGGCUUCAUGGGGAUAAUAUGUAUAAAUGUGACGGAUGUAAUGACUAUGUGAAGGCAUGCAAGCGUCUAACUGUACGAAAUGCUCCAAACAUUCUAACAAUUGCCUUAAAAAGAUUUCAGAGUGGUAGGUUUGGGAAACUCAAUAAGAAAGUAAACUUCCCUGAGACUCUAGAUCUUAGCCCUUACAUGAGUGAAGGUGGAGAUGGCACUGAUAUCUACAAGCUUUACGCGGUUGUCGUCCACGUGGAUAUGCUGAAUGCAUCCUUCUUUGGUCACUAUAUUUGCUACACAAAGGAUUUUUCUGGAAAUUGGUAUCGAAUUGAUGACUGUAAGGUUACAAGCAUUGGAUUUGACGAGGUGCUUUCACAGGGUGCAUACAUGCUCUUAUACAGUCGGGUUUCUCCCCGACCCUCAUGUCUGAUGACUCCUGAAAUCUCUGCGGAGGAGAAUCAUCAUAAGGUAGGAAGGGAAAUAGCACGUUGCACUCAAGAUCAAUAUGAAGGUUUGGUGUCUGUAGAUGGCAAUUCAGAUUCUGGACAUUCUAGUUGUGAAGCGUUAUCCAUUAGAAAGGAUUUUCAAGAUGAUGGAGCAGAGCUGAUGGAUAUCGAUGUUGAGAAAAAUUCUGUUUCACAGAAAAUUCCGAACGGUGAGAUAGAUUCGUUGGUUGGCCAGAAGGUGAGAGCUGCGACACACGUGAAUGUUGAGGAGACAGAUGAGAUCAGCCAUAAGAUACCUUUGUACAGUCCGAAGAUCUCCUGUUCUGAAAACGGGCCAUCUGCUGCACACAGUUCUAAUGCUACCAGGGAAGAUGGAGACGUGGAUAUGGUAAAUCUGGAGUCACGGUCAUCCAUUGCAAAGGAUGGUGCGGUUUAUUGCAAUGGACACAAGGAUUUACGAGUAGUUUCUGCCGCCGCCGAUCUUGACAAUAAUCUGACAGCUGAAUGUUCUCGCGGUAUAAGUAGAUACCAAGAGGACCAUACGAGCAAUGGCAAAAUGGCUUGAGUUCAGUCCUAAAGGGAUUGGAAGGAAAAAAUAAAUUGCCAAUGGUUCCCGUCAAAAUCAGGUUUUGUUGUUCCCUCUUGUAAGCUAGUAAUGUCUCCCCAACGUCAUGGUAAAAGGGAAGUUGGGUUUUCUUAAUUUUUUUUUUCCUCUUUUCCGGGAUUUAAUUAUUUUCGUAAAUCUCGGGUCUUUUACUAUCAUUUUUAGUUCACUUACGGAAGAAAUAUCGUCUAGUGGCUUGAUAAUCACAGGCAAUUCAUUCUUCACUCCCCUGGGGUUAUAGUAUAGUUGCAGUGGCUGCGAUUCACAGAGUCUGUCAAGUGUAUCAUGUAUCGAUCUGGUCAUGCAUUAGUUUUUUGUCGUUGGGCCCCAUCUUGAAGAGGCCAUGAGCAAGUUUUGUAAUGGACCCUUCAGGGUAUGAAUCAACCAUGGGCACGGUGGUAAAGUAAAAUAUCGGCCCGCCUGCUGCUUUUUGGCCCA